AUGGACUACGAUCCGGCUCUCCAGCAGCUGAAUGUGGAAGCUGACGACCCCAGUCCCUUGAGGUCGCGACACAAGUCCGAAUCCGUUAGCAGCUCGUUCAAACACCUCCCCUCCGCGCAAUCAAUGGCGUCGCCCAGCACGAACUACUCGGCUCGUCCGUCCUCCUCAGAAAGCGGCUCCUCGAUCGAUCUUGUGGGCAGCGCAAAACCCAAUGGGCUCGAAAAAUCGUUUCAGGGACUCACUCUGACUAGACACUCCGCUACCGCAUCCAGCAUCUGGUCCACAAACACGAGUCCUGCCGGCUCGAAUGUGUGGAAUCGAUCCGUCUCGCAGCGACACUCGCCCAGGCCUGUCCCGCACGAGGCCCGCACGCUGUCCGAGGGCGCGAAAAAAGACCACCGCGGCGACGACUACGCCACGUCGCCGCUGCAAUAUGGCCAUUCUAUUCCGGAAGAUUCUAAUAAUAACCUGUGGAACGACCUCAGCAACGAAAUAUCCACUGCCGUCAACUCGCCCGAACUGCUGGGCAUCAAUCUGCCCGAGUCACGCCACGUAUCGCUCAACGGCUCGUCCCAACAGUGGGAUCCGCUCUCGCAGUCCACAGGGUCACUGGUUACUCCAGGUUUCUGGGGUAGCACAGGCUCUCUCGACGACACGCCUUUGUCGCACCGAAUGUCACGGUUUUUCCCCAGCCCUGUGAUGGAGUCCCGCAAAGACACGAAUGGAGCCGUUCUCGGCGAACGGAGAUCGCACUCCACUGGGCUCCCUGCGUCGCCUCUCACACUGAGCCUAUUUGCUCCGGAGAACCCCAAACCGUCCGGCGGGUCCCUGUACGGGCCGGUGUCGAGCAUGGCCACCCCGCUCGGGGGCACGACACCGCUGAUUCCGAGCAGAAACUCUAGCUACGUCGACCCGCUGUUCGACGGCUUUUCCUUGGGAACGCUCCCAACCUCGUCAGAUGAUACCAAAAAGCCAAAAAUAUGCCACGGAGACGAGCCAGGCACGGAGCUGGCCGUCCGGAGAAUUGACGAGGACGCUCUGGUCCCGUCGAUCGGCGACGAGGUGUCGCUGCCUCCGCGGUUUCCCAAGCAAACGUUCCACAAGCAGGACACACAUUCGAAAAUCAUCAAAUACAUUAAGACAAUCAUCAUCAGGCAACCCACACAGUACAUGGUCUACGUUGCCUCGCUUCCCUACGACACGCCGCAUUCGCAAUGCCUUGCACUAAUCCACCAGGCCUUCAAGGACUACGGCGAAAUCACGCAUCUGGUCAGAGACACAAAUGCCAAGUCGUCCAAGAUCCAGCCCGAAAACGACCUAUUUGUGCGGUUCAAAAUCGUGGCCAAGCUCUUCAACGAGCAGAAGCUACCGUACAAAUCGCACAGGUUCUCAAACGAGUCCACAGGCAGGGACUCGAAAAUGCUGCUAUUUUUCGACUGCCCGAGCUCGUCGCCACAGGGAGAUCUUGGCUCCUCGGGCAGCAGCACAGCGAAGAGACAGGAGAUCUCCACAUACCCAGAAGGCUUCUCGUCGACUUUCCACCGUCGGGGAGUCAACAACUUCAUGUUUGUGCGUGAACUACAAAGCAAAAUGAUCACCAGCAAGGGCCGCGGCACGCGGAGCUUCCAGGAGAUGGCUGAGUUCCGCGUUUCGCUGCCUAUCGAGGAGCUCGAUCUCAAGAUGGGCGAGCCGGACGCAGGCCGCUACGACGACGACUACAAGAGACCCAAACGGUCGUACGUGGUCAACAUUGAUCUGCGCGUGCUCGAAAAUAAGCCUGCGCCGAAGGAGGGCAGGAAAUAUUCGCGGUCGGGCCGGUCGCGGGAGAAAAGUGCCACCUAA